AUGACCUACGAGGACGUAUUCGAUAAAUGCAGAUUCAUCAAAGUGAGUAGUUUAAGAGAUUUGUUCCAGGAGUUUGAGAAAGCAAAGUGCGAAAUAAACAAAAUAUAUAUGUUCGACGAAUCCAAACCAGCCAUGUAUGAAAAUGAUAAAGUAGAUAGAGAUUUGUUAAACAUGCUAACGAAUAAAAUAGACACUCCGUUCAGGAUUCAUGUCGAUCAGGGCAUGUCUAUGCAUGCUUUACAAACGAAAUAUUCAAAUAUUAAAGCACUGGACGACCCCAGAGCUAUUUUACAGAGGUAUAGAAAAAAUUCGAACAAUACCUAUAACAAACAGGGUAACACUAACACUAACACCAACACUAACGCUAACACUAACAUUAGCACCACUCAUAAAAACGCAACCCAGAAUAAUCAGUUUGCUAGUAAUAAUAACUAUACCAAACAGAAUCAGGGUGGCUGGCCAAACACCAAUAAUAACGCCGGCCCACCUCAGAGUGACCGAGUCAACCAACAGUCGUAUAACAGGUCACAACCCACCCAAAACCCAAAUUUUAAACCUAACUAUAACAACAAGGGUAACAGCUCAAAACAGACAAGAAUGUCUCAUAUGAGCGUUGACACUCAAAAGAAUGAUCCCACACCCAUGGAGAUUGGGACUUUAGAAGAAAAUCAGGCAGAAGAAGAAGAGGAAGAACAGGUAAAUUUUUUGAUUCCUUGCCUAGAGCAACCUUACCCAUAA